CAAAACCUUCUCUGGGUUCCUCUCACACGAAGCGUUUACCUCGUCAGUGGGCAGCUUGACAGGCUGUAAAACCGAAGAGUUCAGGACUGUGUGUGUGUGUGUGUGUGUGUGUGUGUGUGUGUUCACCUCACAAUUUGGAUUUCUUGCUCAGAUGAAGCUGAUUGAUCUUAGCCUCAUCUUGUUGAUUCUGGCCUCUUAUUCAGACGGUCAGGACUGGAAUAUCACUGUCAAAGAUAAAAAUGAAGUAGAGCCAGGCUCCGAUGUAACCAUACUCUGCAAGUUCACCGUUCCCCCCGAAGAAAACACUACAGAUAUUAAAGUUGUCUGGAAAACUAGUGGCAGGCACAACUGCACAGACAAAGACAAUAACCUUGAUGCAUUUGUUCUCCACUGGAAUGACGAGUGUGUGGACGACAAAUACAGACAUAGAACCAGUCUGGUUGGAAAUGCAGCCGAAGGAAAUUGCUCCCUCAGGAUCCUCGACAUCAGGGAGAAUGUGCCAAAAAUAUACAUGAGGGUUUUUACAAAGAACAAAGGCUUCAGUUUCAACAAGCAGUCCAUCUCUAUUUCUCUAAAAGGUGAUCCUUCAAAAACUAAAAAAACAGAGCUCUCAGGUCAACCAUUUUCCACAACUAUAUCCACAGCAACACUCUCAAAUCAAUCGUUUGUCCCGACUAUGUCCACAGCAAAUCCCAAUGACGCCUCAAACCUGCUGUACAUGGGCAUCUCUGUACCAGUCACUGCACUUGUGGUCGUCCUUCUUGUAGCUGGAGUUGUCUUUUGCAUAAGACACAAACGGUCACAGAGUUUCACAAGGGAGGAAUCUGGAUAUUAUGCAAACUUUAGCAGAGCGUCAUCAGACCCACCGAAAAGAGCGCUAUCUGACAACAAAGACAAGGAGCUUCCUGAUGAACCCAUUUACAUCAAUGUUGAGGAGCCGAAAUGUGAAAUGGACCAAAAUAUCCCUGUCACAGAAAACGUAUAUGGAAACGUGGAUUAUACGAUGUAGGAGGAAAGCUACAUGUCACAACUAAACUCUAUCUUAAAGGCCA